UUCGCUUCCGGGUGAGAGGUGCCUGGUCGCCCCGGCAACCGAGUCGCACUCCGCGGGGAGCUAGCGGCAGGUUUCCUGUUCGCCGCAGAGCUGGCGGCUCAGGGGGAAUCGCAGAGCCCAGAAAAUCUCUCCAGCACCUCUCAGCCGACUGAAGAGGUGUAUAAAAUAAACUUUAUAUUUCCAAAUGGAGACAAGUAUGAUGGUGAUUGUACAAGAACACCUUCUGGAAUCAUUGAGAGAAAUGGAGUAGGUAUUCAUACCACUCCUAAUGGGAUUGUCUACACAGGAAGCUGGAAAAAUGACAAGAUGAAUGGUUUUGGAAGACUUGAACAUUUUUCAGGAGCAGUAUAUGAAGGACACUUUAAGGACAAUAUGUUUCAUGGACUAGGGACUUAUACAUUCCCAACAGGGGCAAAGUACACUGGAAAUUUCAAUGAAAAUAGGGUGGAAGGUGAAGGACAAUAUACUGAUAUCCAUGGACUAGAAUGGUGUGGUAACUUUCAUUUCACAGCUGCUCCAGGCCUGAAACUAAAGCUCCACAUGUAGAUUUUCUACAUUUCAGUUAUAAUGUGGCAAUUGAAGUGUUUAAUUAUAAGGAAAACAAAUCUGUCAUAUGAAACAAUUUCAUACACUACCGCUAUAUUAUAAUAUUGCCAAUAAAACCAUUACUCACUUA